UAAACAGAUAGGCAAUAGGUAUAUGCCAGUUCAAGUUAAACAUGAAUGAUUACAUACAUGUACCUUGUAUCUGACACAGGUGAUAAUAUCUACACCGGACUCGAGAGGCAAGUACUUGAUCCAGUUUAGAUGUGAAUGGAAAGUUGACGACACUAUUGAUCACAUACAUCACAAUGGCCACACCAGGCGACGUCAGUACAUCGCUUGAUGAGAAAAGUCUGAAAACAACUAAUGCAAACCCUGUAAAUAAAAUAACUGUUAUUACUAUGAAUGUAAGCGGUCCGUAUGCCGGGGAUGAUUCUGCUCGCAGUAGGAGAAAAUGUAUUUCUGACGUUGUUUGGGCUAAUAAUCCACACAUCCUCCUAAUACAAGAAUUCCGAUGGAAAGGAAUUCGACGGAAGAUUUGGGAAAACACUCCUUUACCUGAUCGCUAUACAUACACUGGCAACACGGAAGCUAGUAUUAUAUACGAUACCGAACGUUUGUGUUUGGAAGAACCAGCAAAAUUACAGACAAUUUUGGAAGAAUUAAAAAGAAAAAGAGAAAUAUCGGAGGAUUUUUCGCCUUUAGCACGUAGUUGUAUACGAGUUUGGAAAACAGAUGCAUUCAAAGUCCUCGUUGUGUCAUGGCAUGGUGUACAUAGUCGUAUUAAUAACGAAGAAAAGAAGACGCAGUUCAGAGAUCUGCAAGUGUAUUUGAAGAAGCUAUCUAAAGAAAAAGAAGCUGCUAUACUUUUGGGUGGUGAUUUCAAUAUCAACAUUUCCCUAAUCAGAAGUCUUGUCUUCGAGAAUUUUACCCUGUAUGAGUAUAAACCGUCAGAGCGACGAAGCGGAAAGGUUAUAGAUUAUUUUAUAACUUCUUCAGAAUUGGAUCUUACAGAUGUUCGGUAUAUCGACCUUGUCAAAAGGAAAGAAGAUGAAACAACAAAGGACCCGCACGACGUGCUGGAUCACGAUCCAGUUUCCGCUAUUGUGUCCUCGAGCACGGAGGAGAAAACUAGCAAAUGCAGCGGUCAUGCGACAGCAUCUACAUCACGAGAAGAACUUGACUUAAGCAUAGCUCAGGGGUCUAGCAUUGGUAUCGACGAGGACAAAGCGUCCUUGGAGGAUUCAUCUUCCCGCAAAAAGGACGAAACUGGUAUUAGGAUCACACUGGUCGCGGAAGACGAGGGUGAACCCCAGUGUUCUAGGACAGCAGCAACAUCACCUAGAGAGGACCACAGCACCGCAGCGGGGAAUGAAGAGGAAGUCACGUGUAAACCCACAGAUAAAACAAACUUAAAAUUGACUGAUAUGAUGGAACUCCAUUUACAACGGUUAAUUCUGAACAUUGGAGGCACAAGCUUUGAAACUAGUGUAACUACCUUACAACAGGAUCCGCAGGGACUACUAGCAAAAAUGGUAUUGAAGAACUCGCCUAUGAAACCCUACAAUGAAGACAAACAUCACAAAAGUUAUUUUAUUGAUAGGGAUAGCAAACAUUUUCCAUCUAUACUUAAUUAUCUCAGGUAUAUAGGACAGGGUGUCACAGCUCGAGUACUACCAUCAGACAAUAUCGAUUUGGAAGAACUUCUCAUUGAAGUCAAAUUCUUUGAGUUACAUGGAUUAGAAAAACUUGUAGAGCAGAGACUGAGAGAGAGAGGGGGGACUACUCGUGAUGCGGACUAGAACACACACACAGAGAGAGAGAGAGAGAGAGAGAGAGAGAGAGAGAGAGAGAGAGAGAGAGAGAGAGAGAGAGAGAGAGA